GAUAUUGAAACUAUGUAUAUCAGUGAAUUUGCAUUAGAUUCCCUAGUCGACUUCUACUAUCUAGCCUUAAUUCUGCCUUUAUCUGUCUUAGCAAAUAGAACAGAUAUUCGUGAAAAAUUUAUUAUUAGUGUGGAGUCUGCU